CAAGAGGCAACAAUGGAGGAAGAAAGCGCGGUGAAGGAGCCUUUGGAUCUCAUUCGGCUCAGCCUCGACGAGCGUAUCUACGUCAAGCUUCGUUCUGACAGAGAGCUUCGCGGCAAGCUUCAUGCUUAUGAUCAGCAUCUCAAUAUGAUUCUUGGUGAUGUUGAAGAAAUUGUUACUACUGUGGAAAUCGAUGAUGAGACAUAUGAAGAAAUUGUGAGGACUACAAGGCGUACAGUUCCUUUCCUGUUUGUUAGAGGAGAUGGGGUGAUAUUGGUUUCCCCACCACUGAGAACUGCAUGA